AUCAGUUCCCCUUGCUGACAACAAAGAGAGUUUUCUGGAAAGGCAUCCUGGAGGAGUUACUAUGGUUUAUUAAGGGAUCAACAAAUGCAAAGGAGCUAUCGGAGAAGGGAGUAAAGAUCUGGGAUGCCAACGGCUCCCGUGCCUUCCUAGACAGCCUGGGCUUCACAGAGAGAGAGGAGGGGGACCUCGGACCUGUGUAUGGGUUCCAGUGGAGGCACUUUGGUGCAGAGUACAAAAACAUGCACACAGAUUACUCAGGGCAAGGUGUGGAUCAGCUGCAGAAUAUCAUCGACACCAUUAAGAAAAACCCAGAGGAUCGGCGGAUCAUCAUGUGUGCAUGGAACCCCAAAGACCUACCUCUUAUGGCUCUGCCCCCCUGCCACGCCCUCUGCCAGUUCUAUGUCUGUGAUGGAGAGCUGUCAUGUCAGCUGUACCAGCGCUCGGCCGACAUGGGUCUAGGGGUGCCUUUCAACAUCGCCAGCUAUGCCCUUCUCACCUACAUGAUCGCACAUAUUACAGGACUUAAGCCAGGUGACUUUGUCCACACUCUGGGAGACGCUCACAUCUACGUCAACCAUGUCAAACCUCUAGAAGAGCAGCUGCAGAGGGAGAUUCGUCCAUUUCCGAAGCUAAAAAUCAAGAGAAAGGUAGAGAGCAUCGAUGACUUCCAGGCGGAGGACUUUGAGAUCUGUGACUACAACCCGCACCCCACCAUAAAGAUGCAGAUGGCUGUGUGAAACCAAAUCCUUGAAACAUUAAGGGCGAUCAUUUUCCCAGCUUAACUGUGUGCCUUUUAAAACUUGACAAGAUGGGUUUUAUUCAAGACUUUGUUUUGCAUUUUUGGUUACAAACUGUUUCACUUUAUUCAGAAAACGUUUCCUUAUGUUAACGCU